AUGGCAGAAUCUUCACCGGGACAAGUUGAGGAUUUUAUCCGUCACGGUUUAAAUUUUAUCUCGGUUAUUUUUAAUCCGUUAGCUCGGGUUAGCCUCUCCGGGGCCAAACAAGGACCCAUCCUGGAAGCCCCCGGGGAACCGCGGAUAUCUACCCAGCAUGGGUGCUUCGUGACCCGCGGCAGGUGCGAGGAGAUGCCGGGGGAAGCGGCGGCGGCGCCCGGGAGGGUGGUGCUGGUCAAGAGGAUCAUCAUGAAGGACGGAGCCGCGUUGCAGCAGGGCAUCGGCCGACCCAGUGUGUAUCACGCCGUGGUGGUGAUCUUCCUGGAGUUCUUCGCCUGGGGUCUUCUCACCACGCCCAUGCUCACCGUUCUACACGAGACGUUCCCUCAGCACACGUUCCUGAUGAACGGACUGAUUCAGGGUGUGAAGGGCCUGCUGUCGUUCAUGUCCGCUCCUCUGAUUGGUGCGCUGUCGGACGUGUGGGGCCGACGCACCUUCCUGUUGGUCACCGUCUUCUUCACGUGCGCCCCGAUCCCUCUGAUGAGGCUCAGCCCCUGGUGGUACUUCGCCAUGAUCUCCAUGUCCGGAGCUUUCUCUGUCACCUUCUCUGUCAUCUUCGCCUACGUGGCCGACGUGACGACAGCGAGAGAGAGGAGCACCGCCUACGGUCUGGUGUCGGCGACCUUUGCAGCCAGCCUGGUGACGAGUCCCGCCAUCGGGGCGUACGUGUCCGCCUGGUACGGGGACAACAUGGUGGUUCUGUUGGCCACACUGAUCGCUCUGGCCGACAUCGCCUUCAUCCUGCUCGCCAUGCCCGAGUCCUUGCCGGACAAGAUGAGGCUCAACACGUGGGGGGCGCCGAUAUCCUGGGAGCAGGCCGACCCCUUCAUCUCGCUGAGAAAAGUGGGUCAGGACCCGACCAUCCUACUGAUCUGCAUCACUGUGUUCCUGUCCUACCUGCCGGAGGCCGGCCAGUACUCCAGCUUCUUCCUCUACCUGAGACAGGUCAUAAACUUCUCCUCCACAACCAUCGCUGUGUUCAUUGGCGUGGUGGGGAUUCUGUCCAUCAUAGCACAGACUCUCUUCCUCACGCUGCUGAUGAGAACUCUGGGUAAUAAGAACACGGUUCUGUUGGGUUUGGGUUUCCAGAUCCUGCAGUUGGCCUGGUACGGCUUCGGAUCAGAGCCAUGGAUGAUUUGGGCAGCAGGAGCUGUAGCAGCGAUGUCCUCCAUCACCUUCCCAGCUGUUUCUGCUCUGGUGUCGCACUCAGCUGAUCCUGACAAACAAGGUGUGGUUCAGGGGAUGAUCACGGGGAUCAGGGGUCUGUGUAACGGUCUGGGUCCGGCUCUGUACGGAUUCAUCUUCUUCCUCUUCAACGUGGAGCUCAACACCAUCGACCCGAUCCAGGGAGAGUUCAACGUGGACCCGCUGCCUGUGGAGAGUCCCACCGAGCGAGCGCUCAUCCCCGGCCCGCCCUUCCUGUUGGGUGCGUGCUGCGUGGUGGUCGCCUUCUUCGUGGCUCUCUUCAUCCCAGAAAAACCCUCCUGCUCCUCCUCUUCCUCCCACCUUUCCCUCAGCGACAAGCCACACCCGGACAGCAAAGAGUCCAUGUCCUCGCUGGCUGGCGUCCACAUCAACACGCCGCUCCCGGGCAGCGACGAGGAGGCCCCUCCCACCACUAGCGACGGGGACUUUGAGCCUCUGCUGCAGGACAGCAUCGUUUGACGGACAGGUGCAAGAGCCACACAGGGUGGGGCUUACGUUUAUAGUUUCACUGAUUGACAUUUAGCAAAAAAAGAUGAAGAUUUUUGCCGCAGGGUGGAACUAAGAACUUUCAAAGUCCGACAGCGAGGAGCUCCAGCAGCGAUGUUCCUCCACCAGAAGGAGGCGCUAAUGUCACAGGUCAGGAGCAGAGACAGUAACAUCACGUGAGCGACCAAUGAGGGAGGUUCUUCAACGAAGGGGCGGGAGCAAGAGCUGCAAAUAAGAUGUCACUAUUAUUUUUCUGAACGGAGGAGACGGAUACAAUUUUGUUAUUGACGGACGGACGUGGGAAUCGAACGACGACCCCGAGUGAAAUCAACGUGAUCGAGAGGACGAGGAACCAGCUGUCAAUCAUGUCAAGAGAGAGAGAGAAAGAGAGGUGCUCGUUCACUUUAAAGCUUGAAGUUGGUGAUUGUUUUUUUUUAUUUGUGAUAAACAAGAAAAAAGUAUUUUUGCCUUCAGCUGUUUUUUGUUGUUGUUUUUUUUCACAUGUUAUUGUAGCAUAUUUACUUUUUUCCAUAUUUUCAAGGUUUAGGGAUUUGUAUAAUUUUAAAUGUCUGAGUUAUUGAUGCCAAGGAAUGAAUGUGACGACUGAAGUCCAACUUCUUCAAAUAUCUAGUUUAAUGUUAAUUUUCAUUGGUGCAAGUUUUAUUUAAAUUUCUCUAGAUCGUGAAGAAUUGGGGAAAUGUUUCAUUUAUAAAAAUGACCUCAGUGUAUAAAGUCCACUCCAGAUUUCACCAGGUGUUUUCCCUGUUCGUCACUACCUCAGAUAAAUGUUUUUAAAUCAUACAUAACCUGGAUUCACUCCUUUUCCCUCACUUUUAUUUUUAUAUCAUUGUCACUUUAUGAAACA